AUGCUUAGUGCGGCAAGCUCGCGGCUUGCACGUCGUCUGCACCCGGCACAUGGCCUGCGGCGCUUCCUCGGGGGCGGUGUGGAGCAUGAACGGACCGUGACCCUCCGUUGGCCUGAUGGUCGAGAAGCGGGUGCCUUUCUUCCCAAGUUCCUGCGAGAGAACACGAUCGAAGCGUGGGACAGCAGCUCCAAGCAACGACUGGACUUCUGCGUCCCUCUUGACUUGCAAGUCCAGGAGAUGGCACCAGUGGAGUUCACAUCGCCGGAGUACUCAGGCCCGGCUUUCCGACUGCAGUUUUCUGAUGGUCACGUGGGCCACUUCCCGCCGCCGCCUCCGACAGACGCAAUGUGGUCACGCGAACUCCGGCACCAAAACAAGGUACUUUGGGGCAGCGAGGAAGCUUCCACGAUUCGAGGUGAGCUCACUGACAGUGGUGGACACCUGCGCUUCGAGUGGAAGGAUCUUGAAGAUCGAAACUCGUCUGCAGCCAGACGAUGGAUCGAAGCAAUGCACACUCAUGGUCUGACUCUGGUCACCGGAAUGCCAGUUUCGAUGGAUGCUCCUUCUGAUGGCCUGCAUCGAUUUGCGGAGACUCUGGGCACAUUCUUGGCGCCGAGUGUCUAUGGACAGACAUUCCAGAUCAAGUCCGUCACAAGUCCCAACAAUUUGGCAUAUUCGAAUCUCGGCUUGCAGAUGCACACGGACUUGCCGUUCAAUGAGCAACCGCCUGGAAUUCAGCUCUUCAACUGCUUGCAGCAGGCAGAAGAGGGUGGGGAGUCUAUUGCGAUGGACGGCUUUGCUGCGGCAGAGUCCCUGCGUCAACAGGAUCCAGAGGCCUUCCAGACGCUUUGCGAGCAUCUCAUAGGCUUCCAGGAUGUCACAAGUGACUGGUUCCUAUCUGCGCAACAUCCCACCUUCGAGUUGGAACCGGCGCCGGCAACAGGGUCGGCAGUACCAAGGCUGCAGCGGGUGAACUUCAACGAACGGGCCAGGGACUCUUGGCGACACUGGAAUCCUGCGUCGCUCAAGCAGGCAGAAAGAGUCUACGAGGCAUUGCUGAAGUACGAGCGUCUUGUGGAGGAGCACUCUCGCUAUGUGUCACUUCGCCUCAUGCCGGGAGAGAUGGUCUGCACAGACAACUGGCGCGUGAUGCACUCUCGCAGCUCCUUCCUCGGCUCAAGAUUCUUUGUCGGCGGCUACUUGGACUGGGACGCCGUGAGGGCGCGCUGGCGGAGGCUGUCGAACACGUUCGAGACGCAGUGGAGGGAGGUUGCCACCCCUACAUCCACUGGUGGCAGGCCCUCCAUGGGGCGCUAG